AAUCAGAGGCAGCUCUUGUGGGGAAAGGCGCAGUGCGCCGAGGCAGGGAGUGGCGGCAGGGUAACACCUGGCCGAGGUGACUCGCUCUGAAGAGCGGCGGUUCCUUACUCCAAUCGGAACGCGCAGGGGUAGGGAGCUGGCCAAUCAGCCGUGGAGGGCGGGGCCAGGCGGGGCUCCACCUGGCUGCUGGUUCUCAGUCCCAGCGCUGUAGUCUGCGGAGCUGUGUCUGUUCCCAGGAGCUCGUCGGCGGCUGUUGUAUCGGGAGCCUGAUCGCGAUGGGGACAAAGGCGCAAGCCGACAGGAAACUGUUGCACCUCUUCAUAUUGGCGAUCCUGUUGUGCUCCCUGGCAUUGGGCAGUGUUACAGUGCACUCCUCUGAACCUGAAGUCAGAAUUCCUGAGAAUAAUCCUGUGAAGUUGUCCUGUGCCUACUCGGGCUUUUCUUCUCCCCGUGUGGAGUGGAAGUUUGACCAAGGAGACACCACCAAACUCGUUUGCUAUAAUAACAAGAUCACAGCUUCCUAUGAGGACCGAGUGACCUUCUUGCCAAGUGGUAUCACCUUCAAGUCCGUGACACGUGAAGACACCGGGACAUAUACUUGUAUGGUCUCUGAGGAAGGCGGCAACAACUAUGGGGAGGUCAAGGUCAAGCUCAUCGUGCUUGUGCCUCCAUCCAAGCCUACAGUUAGCAUCCCCUCCUCUGCCACCAUUGGGAACCGGGCAGUGCUGACAUGCUCAGAAAAAGAUGGUUCCCCACCUUCUGAAUACACCUGGUUCAAAGACGGGAUUGUGAUGCCUACGAAUCCCAAGAGCACCCGUGCCUUCAGCAACUCUUCCUAUGUCCUGAAUCCCACAACAGGAGAGCUGGUCUUUGAUCCCCUGUCAGCCUCUGAUACUGGAGAAUAUAGCUGUGAGGCACGGAAUGGGUAUGGGACACCCAUGACAUCAAAUGCUGUGCGCAUGGAAGCUGUGGAGCGGAAUGUGGGGGUCAUCGUGGCAGCUGUCCUUGUAACCCUGGUUCUCCUGGGAAUCUUGAUUUUUGGCAUCUGGUUUGCCUAUAGCCGAGGCCACUUUGACAGAACAAAGAAAGGGACUUCGAGUAAGAAGGUGAUUUACAGCCAGCCUAGUGCUCGAAGUGAAGGGGAAUUCAAACAGACCUCGUCAUUCUUGGUGUGAGCCUAGUCGGGCUCACCGCCUGUCAUCUGCACUUGCCUUACUCAGGUGCUACUGGACUCUGGCCCCUGAUGUCUGUCGUUUCACAGGAUGCCUUAUUUGUCUUCUACACCCCACACGGCCCCCUACUUCUUAGGAUGUGUUUUUAAUAAUGUCAACUCUGUGCCCCUUCCUCCUUCAUUCUCUCCCUUCCUUUCCUACCACUGCUGAGUGGCCUGGAACUUGUUUAAAGUUUUUAUUCCCCAUUUCUAUGAGGGAUCAGGUAGGAAUCCUGGGUAUGCCAUUGACUUCCCUUCUAAACAGACAGCAAAAAUGGUGGGGUUCCCAGGAAUCUGCACUCAACUGCCCACCUGGCCAGUAGGGAUCUUUAAAUAGGGAUCUUGAGCUUGGUUCUGGGCUCUUUCCUUGUGUACUGAGGACCGGGGCCAGCUGUUCUAGAGUAGGGAUUAGAGGCUAGAGCAGCUGAAAUGGUUGUUUGGUGAUGACACUGGGGUCCUUCCAUCUCUGGGGCCCACUCUGUUCUGUCUUCCCAUGGGAAGUCCCUCUGCCCUGUCCUCCUCUGGAAUACAAGCCGACUGACAUUGACUGUGUCUGUGGAAAAUGGGAGCUCUUGUUGUGGAGAGUAUAGUACAUUUUCAGAAGUGAAAAAUAUUUAAAACCACUGCUCUAAAGAAAAGAAAACUGGAGGCUGGGUGUGGUGGCUCACGCCUGUAAUCCCAGAGGCCGAGGCAGGUGGAUCACCUGAGGUCAGGAGUUCAAGAUCAGCCUGACCAACAUGGAGAAACCCUACUAAAAAUACAAAAUGAGCCAGGCAUGGUGGUACAUGCCUGUAAUCCCAGCUGCUCAGGAGCCUGGUAACAAAAGUGAAACUCCAUCUCAAAAAAAAAAAAAAAAAAAAGGAAAGAAAGAAUAGAAAAGAAGAAAGCUGGAGCUGGUGGCUCAGGCCAUCACCCUUCCCUUGGCUGGAACUACUGGACAGACCCUUUUGAGAUGUGCUCGUGGUGCUGUGGAGAUGUGUGUAGUGGUCUUAGCUCUUUGUUGAGCCUGUGUGUGUGUUGUGUGGUCUUAGCUGUAUGCUGAAAUUGGGCGUGUGUUAGAGGGCUUCUUAGCUCUUUGGUGAGAUUGUAUUUCUAUGUGUUUGUAUCAGCUGGAUGUUGCUGGAAAUAAAAACCUUGGUUUGUCAAGGCUCUUUUUUGUGGGAAGUAAGUAGGGGAAAAAGUCUUUGAGGGUUCCUGGGCUCCUUUGUACAACAGGAAAAUGCCUCAAAGCCUUGCUUCCCAGCAACCUGGGGCUGGUUCCCAGUGCCUGGUCCUGCCCCUUCCGGGUUCUUAUCUCAAGGCAGAGCUUCUGAAUUUCAGGCCCUCAUUCCAGAGCCCUCUUGUGGCCAGGCCUUCCUUUGCUAGAGGAAGGUACUCAGGGUGAAGCUGAUGCUGUACUUGGGGGAUCUCCUUGGCCUGUUCCACCAAGUGAGAGGAGAAAGUACAUACUCUUGUACCUCCUGUCCAGCCAGGUGCAUUAACAGACCUCCCUAUGGCUGUAGGAACUACUGUCCCAGAGCUGAGGCGGGGGGGAUUUCUCAGGUCAUUUGGAGAACAAGUGCUUUAGUAGUUGUUUAAAGUAGUAACUGCUGCUAUAUUUAGUGGGGUGGAGUUCAGAAGAAAUUUGAAGACCAGAUCAUGGGUGGUUUGCAUGUGAAUAAACGCGAAUGAGCAGGACAGGCCUGGCUGUCAUUGCUUUCCUCCUCCCCAUUUGGACCCUUUGCCCUUACAUUUUUGUUUCUGCAUCUACCACCAUCCCACCAGUCUAUUAACUUAGCAAGAGGACAAAUAAAGGGUCCUCUUGGCUUGA